AGGUUUAGGAGCAUAACUACGGUUAAAAAUGUGUCUGUGAUCAAACAACAUGUACAAUUACAAAAAAAUAAGACCAAUGACACCUAAAAACUUGUUCAAACCCCAUUUUUACUGUAAUAUCUGUCUGUAAGUUUGUCAUCAAAGGACAUGAAUUUUGCGACACCAUCAGUUGCAUUUUGCAUCUGGAGAACUAUAACAAAAACAUGUGCGCGUUUGUUUUUCGUGAAUGGAUUAUUGAGAAUUUAAAGGUCAUGGCAGAAAAUGUAACUGUGCAAAGACCCAAAUAAUAAUUUGAAGAAAUCUUCCCUGUGAUGAAGAAAAUCCAUCAAAUGAAACCCGAUAUUGUAGCGUUCGCGACCGCGAAACAGUCGUCGUUAACAGAGUAAAUCACGCUUUAAUUCUCCACGUCAUUAUGCUUUUAUUUUGAAGUCAGAUCUCUACCGGACGCUACGUUAUGUUUAUAUUAACGUAGUUUCCGGCUAUCGUGAGAACACUUCGAAAACGGUCUUUUUGUUACAGUUGUAGCUUCUUUUACUUAACUACACCCGCUAGCGACAAGAUACACUUAUCGAGAAUAGAUGUUGAGUUUGCCCAUUUUGCGUUUCUUUGUGCUAAAAUCGCGGUGCAGGCUGCUAGCCCGUCACAAUGUUAGCCAACAUGGCGGAUUGAUUGAUUGAUUGAUACUGACAGGUGUGCGAUACUGUAUCUGGGUCAAGUAUGUGACGUCAAUCAUUUUUGUGUGUGUGUGUAUUUCUUGAAUUUGUAUCUUCAAUCACGUUGUUGGUCGGCUAUUAAACGCUUGCUGACAUGAGCUAAACUUUGAGCGUGUGUGUGUGUGUGAAAGAUAAAGUGCGUAUGCGCCCGCGUCAUGCACCUGAGACGUCUUCUGGUGGGCUUCACUUCGACUUGUUCAAGAAGUCUUUUGGCACACCAGUGUUUGGUUCGAAAUGCACAUACGACGAUAAAAUCACGCCAGACCUCAGGUCUAUGUCAGGUCACCAUGAGCAAGAUUGAGCCUGAUAGCAUCUUUCAGAGCAAGGAGACCUCAGAUGAUGCUUCCCUUGAUGAGUGUUUUCCUAAUAGUACUAAUAAUGGAGAAAAGGAGGAUGGUGCUUUGGGAGAUGAACUUGGUCUCGGGGGGUCAUCUGAACCAAAGAACUUGAAGGAGACUCAAGGCCAUGAGAGCGGGGAGAGUGGAGCAUCCAAAAAGUCAGUCGCCAAGCAAGAGUCGGGCAAGAAGAACAGGAAGAGGGGACGACGAGUGGACAGUGAGCCAGAUGCAGAGAAGACCAAAAAAAAGAAGCAGAAGAUCCUGCGACCCAACUACUUUGUCUCCAUCCCGAUCACCAACGCACAGAUCAGUUCAGCGGUGACGGAGGUCCAAGAGGCAGUUCUGGAACGGGAGCCUCGCUUGGCUAAAGCCAUGAUCCCAGUCCCGACGCUCCACAUCACGCUCCUCGUCACCCAUCUGGCCGACCAAGAGCAAGUGGACCUGGCGGCGGCAGCGCUGGCCCAGGUGGAGUCGUCAUUGGCCGAGCUGCUGGAUGGGGCGGAGCUGGUGCUGCCCUUCACGGGCGUCGCUCACUUCAGAAACGACGUGGUGUUUGUCGCCCUCGGACCGGGACCGCACAGACGCGUGCUGUGCAACCUGGCAGAGUUGCUGCGUGGCCAUUUCAAGGAGCGAGGCCUUCUGGAAGGCGACGCUCAUGGCUUCGAACCUCACCUCACCAUUAUGAAGCUGUCCAGAGCUCCAAAGCUCAGAUCGCAGGGUAUCAAGCGUGUGGACCCAUCUCUCUACUCGAACUACAACGACCGGUUUUUCGGCGACCAGACACUCGAGCGUUUGGAUCUUUGCUCCAUGCUGAAAAGGAAGCAGCAGGACGGCUACUACCACACGGAGACGUCACUGCAACUAGAUUUGACUCCGCGUCCACUCCAUCGCAAACGCUCAAGUAGUCGUCGCCGGUCUGAACCCGACGAGGCGGAGCUUCUGCGGAUCAGCAAGCGAUUGGUGGAAGAUGCCGUCAGUCGCGCCGUGCAGCAAUACAAAAAGGAAACCUUUCAGAAUGGGGGCGCGCCCAACGCAGGGCAGCCGCCCGGAAACGCAGACGCAACCGCGGAGACGAAGACCACGGAUGUGAAUGCCGCCACAGACACCAGGAAGUGACGUGAUUGGACCCGUAGCUAACCGGAAGCGCUCUGAGGGAGGACACUAAUUGCCCAACGUCUGCUUUGCCGUAAAGCGGCUAAAUUUACCGGGGAGCCUGACGGGAAAUUGGCGAAUCUCGAAGAUUAGCUAGCCAAUCGUGCUAGCUAGCUGGCCCGCUCACUUCGCCAAGCUUGACUCAGGUUGCUCGCUGUUGUCUGUGCGCUCCACAACGCGAGGUUCCCUUGCAUUGGCUAAUUGCUAAUGUGCUACUUUUGAGUUGGAUCAGCAUUGUUGAGCGCCGACUCAUCGAAACUGACCACUUGAUCAGAUUUAAAAGCACAACGUCUUUUGGAUUUGUUCCGUUCUAAUUUGGACGUCUGCCGGCGAGCUACAGCAUU